AUGGAGACGAGCACGCAUGAGCAGGAGGACCCCAUGGACUGCGACGAGGCCCCCCUGAGGAUGGUACCCGCGUCCUGCUACAUGCCCGACCACGACGAAGACGCGCACUUCAUCCACGCCGCGUCCGGCGUGAUCGGCGUCGCGGACGGCGUCGGGGGCUGCCGCGGGCUAUGCGCGGACGCCGCCGCCUUCUCGCGCGGCCUCAUGGCCCACGCCCACGCCCUCCUCGCCUCCUCCUCCUCCUCCUCACCCCAACCCGUCUGCCCCUACACGCUCCUGGACCGAGCCUACCACCACACGGUCGAUUCCCUCUCGCGCACGCCAACCCUAGCAGCCUCCACGGCCGUCAUCCUCUCCCUCUCCGGCGCGGUCCUCAGAUUUGCCUACGUCGGCGACAGCGGCUUCGCGGUGUUCCGCGGCGGCCGGAUCUUGCACCGCUCGCGGCCGCAGCAGUCCUACUUCAACUGCCCGUACCAGCUCUCCGCCCACGGCACCGGCGGCAACAGGGUCAGGGACGCGGCGGUCGGGCAGGUCCCCGUGGCGGCUGGCGACGUGGUGGUCGCCGGCUCGGACGGGCUGUUCGACAACCUGUUCGACUCCGGGAUGGAGCGGAUCGUGCAGCUGGGCGCCGCGCUGCGCUUCCCCGCGCGCACCAUGGCCGACUUCAUGGCGAGCCACGCUUACAGCAAGGCGAGGAGCAGGACCGAGGACUCGCCCUUCAGCGCCGCCUGCAGGGAACAAGGUGUGGUGGGCUCCGUUGGCGGCAAGAUGGAUGACAUCACCGUCGUCGUCGCCUACAUUGAGUAG